CGUCAUGCUACAGGUGGAUAUGUCAACAGCCUCAGGCUACUCAAGAGCACGAUUAGAACCUACAUAACCCUAGGGGUGAAGCCUACAUGUGCGUGCAACUCUUCGCCCUUGGGCUUAAAGAUACGUCGGCGCAUCAAGAAGGCAUUUGUGUCAAGGCUGAGUGAGUCAUGGAGGCGAUUGUCAUGAAAUCUUCGUCGACGUUUGCACUUCUGUGCGUGUUGGCAUUGCUGUUGGACGGCAGCGCUGUCACCGCAACGACCAUCGAUAAUGUUGCAGUGCAGUGGAACUCACUGCUCCAAUCAAUCAUCUGCACUCGAGGCAUCCUAUUCAAUGAUGCCAGUGGCUAUUUGUCCCAGAUGCACCUGGCCCAGUGGCAUGCGCUUCUGGCUCUCAAGAACACUGACCGCUGCAGUAACGGCGCCACUGAAGAGGCCGCGGUAGCGUACGCAAGUCGUGCCGUGCUCGUGCAGUAUCUGGGCUUCGACACAAACACCAUCCUGGAUCCGUUCUUGCAGAAUCAGCUUGAAUCGCUGGACCUCUCCGCUUCUCAGAAAAAAACUGCCAAGGAGAUCGGUGAAGUGGUGGCGUUGCGGCUAGUGCAGUCUCGAGUGGGUGGUGACUUGGGGAAGGAUUUCGUGUUGGAUGCUGUAACUGAUGCACUGGAUGAGUCUACUCCUGCACCUGGAAUCUAUCGGUACCAGAGCACCCCGGGUGCUGCUCCUUCCAGGUUAUUCUCCCAGCUGGGGCAAACGAAGACUUAUGUGCUGCCCAAUCCGGUCGCGAUGAGGAAGCACUUUCUGAAGAAGUACAAGCCCCCCGCCGUGCCCUCGAAAGAAUGGGACACUGAAUACAAUCAAUUGAAGGACAUUGGUCGCGCAGAUUGGCCGGGGCGCACCCCCGAGAUGGAUAAUCAAGCUAGUUUCUGGUUCGGAGGACCGAAGAAAGGCUCCCUCUGCACUCAGGACUCGUUCUGGAAUGCCGCUGUCUUAGCUCUGUUACCAGCAGGAACCUCCCUCUACGACACCGUCGAAUUGUACGCGAAAUUGCACGUCUCUAUACAUGAUGCGAUUGUGUUAGGGUCCUCUAUGCAAUGGGCAUUCUGGUUCUGGCGCCCUCCAACGGCCUACAAAACUGGAGACCCGGGUCACGCCCCACUGCCAAAUUGGAAUGCAUGGUUGGAUUAUAACGCCCACCCCGAGUACCCCAGCCUCACCGCGGUGAUCACAGCCGCAGGCGCUAGUGUGGUGCAGAAGUAUUUCGACCGCAAGAGCAUGAAAGUUAAACCCUUCACUGUGGUCGGAGGCAGCCUUGGCCCAGUGUGCGACACGUCGAGCCCUGGGAUCGGUCCCAGACACUACGAUUCCUUAUCAGCAGUAGUAAAGGAUGCACAGCUGGGCCGCAUGUACGCCGGUCAUCAUUUCAAUGUGUCUGUCACGGAUGGCGCCGAGAUUGGAGCAAUUGUGAGUGAGUAUGUGGAUAUGCAUUGGACUGAACCUGGUGGUCCAUCGGGCGUGCUUCCUGAUGCCGCGUAUCUGAGUGUCUUCGCCCGCGUGCCGUCGAAGGCCGGAAAAUCUAGCGACAUCACAUACAAAGUCUAAGCAAGGUUUCAAUCCUCCGGUUGAUGCGUAAUCGAUCAAUUGCUAAACAUGGGGAACCUCCAUUCUCAAUCAGAAACUGAAACAGUUCACAAAUCUAUUGACUCCGUGUACAGUGUUUUACAAACACACAUAAUGGACAGAAAAAUAUGAAUUCUCUGCUCUCUGGUGUGGCUUACUUGCACUA